AGGAGUGCCGUUUAGGCAGUAGGCGGCGCGCUAACACUUCACCCGUUCACAUACAGGAUUCCCCCUUGGGAAGUUUAUAAUACGAAUAACCUCCGUCUGCCGGCCACCUUCAUGUUUCCCGACUUCCACGCACGGUGGCGCGAUGAUGUGGGACGAGUGGGACAAUCCUCAGGAACCCCAGCAAUCGGAGGAAGAUUCUCCCCUCAAUUUUGAUUUCCUCUGUCUUCUCUCCAAACCCAAGGAUUACUAUAAGAUAUUGGAAGUGGAUUAUGAUGCCUCGAAGGAUGCUAUUGGUUCCAAUUACAUCCGCCUCGCGCUGAAAUGGCAUCCUGACAAGCAAAAAUGUGAAGAUACAGCAACUUCGAGAUUUCAAGAGAUAAACGAAGCUUAUCAGGCCAGAUUGUUAGUUGGUUUAUGUCAACUCAAGUUAGGAAAAUGGGUCAUGCAGGAUUUGGAUGGAGCAUUUCCAGAUAGAAUGCACAAUUUGCAGACAUUCCCUGCCAACAAAAAUGGUUGUUCUGUAUAUUUUCAUGCUUGUUAGGAAGUUCAGCUAUAUACCAUAAUGGUAUUAUCUAACAAAGCAUAGUGAUUUUAUAAUUCGAUAGUUGGCUGUAUGUUUACUUUUCUCCCGUGUAAGCCAUUCGUCAGUACUCCUAUGUAACAAUGUAGCUAGAUGGUAAAUGUUAAUUCGUUGAAGGGUUUGAUCUUUGAAGGAGAAUGUUUUCAUAAUACUGUUGUGAGAAAUAUCAAAACAUGAACACGAUUAAGACUGAAUGAAAUUUAGCUGCUAGGACAAAUUGAUAUAUAUAAGGAUGGCAAAAUAUAAUUCAUAACAAAUGAAUUUUGGUCUAACCAUCAGAUGCUUUGAUAUUAUUCAACAGUUCUAAGUGAUACUGUCAAAAGGAGAGAAUAUGACAAGAAGGGGAUGUUAUUUGUUUAUGAUGAUAAUAUUGUUGAGUAUCUCAACCGUUACAAGGGCCUUAUAUUAACGUGUAAUGGCCUUGGGAUCAGGCAAUCAAUUUGGUAGGCCAGAGCAGCUUGCGCAGGUUUCCUUUUGUACAUGUGUAACAAUAUUCAAGCUGUUACAGCUGGAUUUGCACAACAGCUUGGAUGUCUAGAACUUAGGAUUUAAUGUUUGCUGCCACCUUUGUACAGACAAAAGAGAAAAAUUAUCAUCAUCUGCGACAUCUUCAUGUUUGCCCAUUUCAAAGUGAAUG